AAAACUUCAAAACUUUAAACUAGCUUUUAAAUAGUGAGUGCGACUAAAGUAAAAAAGUGAUUGAGACUUGGAGAAAUUAUUUAAGAAAAAUUCCGAAAAAAUAUUUUUCCGUAAGCCUUUCUUUUCUUUAUCAUAUCAAAAUAUAUAUUUGAAUAUAAUUCAAUUCACCUACGCAAAGGGCAAGAAAAAUAUCAAUAAUAAUAAUAAUAAUAACGAUAAGUAAGCAUUAAUAAUAAAUAAUAACAAUAACAAGAAACAAAAGAAAAUGGUGUAGCAGAAAACCACACGUAAUAUAUAUAAAAGAAACAAGAUAAAAUAAAGCCGCUACACAAUAGUAGAAUUAGGGCUGAACGAGCAAGAAUAAACAAAAAUUGUUAAAAAGGAACACGAACAAAGGAUUUUCUUUUAAUAAAAGCAAAACAAACCAGGUGGAUUUUUUUUUUUAAUAUUCGACCAAGUGCUCAAGAAGUAUUCAAAGUUCGUACGGAACGGAAGAGCAUUUCUUGUAAACUUAACCUCCAAGUGAUAGCCACUCAAGUAUUAUCUUCCUUAUUGAGUGGCUUUCUCGUUUAUAAGCACCCUCACUGCUCCAAAAGAUUAAUAUUGCUAGGCGUGUGAAUUCGCAUUAAGUUUUGAAUUCUCUGCGUGUUGGGUGUUAAAAAGAAAAGUCGUCAUCAUUGCUCCAACACCGAUUAUUAAUUCCUUAGAGAACACCAUGAACGGCCAGACCUAUGAGUUAAAUCAUACAAAUGGCGAUAUUAUAUCACAGAAUCAACAAAAGGGUUGGUGGACCAUUGGCCUGAUUAACGGUCAACAUAGGUAUAUGACAGCCGAAACGUUCGGUUAUAAAUUGAAUGCGAACGGAGCUAGUUUAAAAAAGAAACAACUUUGGACAUUGGAGCCAUCUAAUACCGGUGAAAGUAUUAUUUAUUUGCGAUCUCAUCUUAAUAAAUAUCUGUCAGUGGAUACAUUUGGUAACGUUCUAUGUGAAAGCGAUGAACGCGACGCUGGCAGUCGGUUUCAGAUAAGCAUUGCCGAGGACGGUUCUGGUCGUUGGGCACUAAAAAAUGAAUCGCGUGGUUACUUUUUGGGCGGUACGCCCGACAAAUUGGUUUGUACUGCUAAAACUCCCAGUGCAAGUGAAUUUUGGACAGUACAUUUGGCGGCAAGACCGCAAGUGAAUUUACGCUCGAUAGGUCGGAAGCGUUUCGCUCAUUUAUCAGAAUCGCAAGAUGAAAUCCAUGUGGAUGCCAAUAUACCAUGGGGUGAGGAUACAUUAUUUACAUUGGAGUUUCGUCAAGAGGAAGGUGGACGUUACGCUUUACAUACAUGCAAUAAUAAAUAUUUAAAUGCUAGCGGUAAAUUGCAAACGGUUUGCAAUGAAGACUGCUUGUUUAGUGCCGAAUAUCAUGGUGGCCAUUUGGCUUUGCGUGAUAAACAAGGUCAAUAUCUUUCACCUAUCGGUUCCAAGGCUGUGCUAAAGUCUCGCUCCACUACGGUCACCCGUGAUGAAUUGUUCUCUUUGGAGGAUUCCUUGCCUCAGGCUUCAUUUAUAGCUGGUAUGAAUUUGCGUUACGUUUCCGUGAAACAAGGCGUUGAUGUUACGGCUAAUCAAGACGAGGUGGGAGAAAAUGAAACUUUCCAAUUGGAAUAUGAUUGGUCGGCUCAUCGUUGGGCCUUGCGCACUACUCAGGAUCGUUAUUGGAGUUUGUCUACUGGCGGUGGCAUACAAGCCACCGGUAACCGCCGUUGUGCUGACGCUUUGUUCGAACUUAUCUGGCAUGGUGAUGGGUCGUUAUCGAUGCGUGCCAAUAAUGGUAGAUUUUUGGCUACUAAACGCUCAGGUCAUUUGUUUGCCACGUCAGAAACUAUUGAAGACAUUACUAAAUUCUACUUUUAUUUAAUAAAUAGACCAAUUUUGGUACUUAAAUGCGAGCAAGGAUUUGUUGGAUAUCGUCAGCCUGGUAAUACGAAAUUGGAAUGUAAUAAAGCUACCUAUGAAACAAUAUUAGUGGAGAGAGCCCAAAAAGGUUUGGUUUAUCUAAGAGGACAUAGCGGCAAAUAUUGGCGUAUAGAUGGCGAAGGCAUUUCAGUGGAUGCCGAUACACCGGUCGAUGGUUUCUAUUUGGAAUUGCGUGAGCCAACUAGAAUUUCCAUAAGGUCGCAGAAUGGUAAAUACUUGGGUGCCACUAAAAAUGGGGCUUUUAAACUUUUGGAAGAUGGUUCCGAUUCGGCAACACAAUGGGAAUUCUAAGCCUAUAAUAUUUACAAUAGGUGCAAUGUUCUACGUAGCCUAACUUUUAUAUACUUAUAGAAGCUUAAGAAAAUAUAACUGAACUCAAAUGAAUUGAAUUUUCGGGCUCUUUUUAUCCAUUGAAUUAAUAAACAAAAGCAUACACAUAAAAGAGGGCGGGCGAACGUACUCUCUCUUAUACACAUUUUUUAAAUAUGUAAUACAAACAUACACAUAUACAUGAAAAUCAUUCUGAAUAAAAAUUGCGGAAUUUUUGCUGAAUUCAAUUUAGUUUAAGUAAAAUUUUCUCUUUAAAAAAAAAAUAAAAAAAGAAUUCAGGUAAAACGCACAACUUAUACAGAACCGAAUAAUUAUAACUUUUUUACAUCAAAUCCAAUAAAAACUACAUUUUAUACACAACAAGAAAUAAGUAUUUUUACUCGAUUGUAAACUUAAACGUAAUUAAAAGAGAACAGAUUGUGCAAAAGAAAGACAAAAGCAAGAAAGAAAACAGGCCAAAUUUAAUAAGCGAUUCCUUCCGUUUGCUUAAAUUAAUAUAUAAAUUUAAAAAGCGUAUGAUAAAAAUUGAAGUACUGAAUGAAAUUCGAAUCUUGCGUGUAUUUUAUAAAAAAAGAAAAAAUCAAGAAGAGAUAAUUUUUAAUACAUUUUUAUAUAACACCAGCUUUUUACCUUAUUUUAAAAAAAUCUUAACUGAAAACCGUUAUUUAGAAAGCAAAACAAAGUCAACUACAUUUUUUAGUUGAUAAACGAAAAUGUUAUAAAAAAAAUAAAUAAAUAAA